AUGAACGACUACUUGAAGAACUGCACUGAGCCAAAAGUAUUCUACCUACGGGCAUUUUCCAGUCUUGCCGAUAUUGAAAAAGUGUUGUUUACUGGGAUUUUGUUGAUGUACCCGUUGACUGUGCUUGGAAAUGUCAUUAUCACAGCGCUGGUAUGCCUGGCGCCUCAGUUGCACACACCCAUGUAUUUCUUCCUAUGCAACUUAUCAAUCCAGGACAUCAUUUAUGUUUCUGCCACCCUGCCAAAGUUCUUGUCGCUAUCAGUGACAAAUAACCAUGUUAUAUCAUUCACAGGAUGCAUCACACAGAUAUUUUUGUUUGCAUCUUCGUGUGCUACUGAAACAUUUUUGUUGGCCUCGAUGGCCUACGAUCGUUAUGUGGCCAUCUGCAUCCCUAUGCACUAUACACGCAUCAUGAGCACAGAGGCAUGCGCUAUAAUGGCCUCUGUUUCCUGGUUGAUUGGUAUACUUAAUUCAUUGAUGCUUUCUUUGCUGAUGUCCGGUUUAGCAUUCUGCGCCUCCCAUUACAUCAAUCACUUUUUCUGCGACCUGAAAACCAUGAUGAAGGUCUCCAGUGGUGACACCACAAGCUUUCAAACGCUGCUAUUAGUGGUCUGUGUGUUAUGUGGUUUCUUUCCAGUUUUGCUGAUAUUGAUAUCCUACGUAUGCAUCAUAUCUGCCAUUGUAAAGAUCCGUACCUCAACGGGACGGGCCAAGGCCUUCUCCAGUUGCUCCUCUCACCUCACUGUUGUGUUUCUCUUCUACGGAACGUCUCUUAGUUUUUAUGUGAAACCACAAUCUGAAGAUUCCCAGGAACAAGACAAGCUGUUCUCCUUGUUAUACACCGCUGUGAUUCCAAUGUUAAAUCCUCUAGUUUAUAGCCUGAGAAACCAGGAUGUAUUGAAAUCCAUGAAGAGUAUCAUUAGAAAAUACUCAGGGAAGGAUAUACAUAACACUCGCCUUCAAAAAGGUCAUUGUUUAAGACAUAAUUGA